AACCCAACACAUACCACAGAGAACUGUAGGCAUUUGAAGGAUGAAAUUGAAAGGUUGAUUUGGGCCGGGCAUCUGAAGGAGUUUGUGUAUCAUGACAGGGCGAAAGGAAAAGGGAGGAGAAGAUGCCGAGAGGAAUCUGAGGAAAGAAGUGAUAGAGAUGAGGAGGGUGAUGAUAGUGAUGGACGAGAUGGUCAAGAAAAAAGGCCGAAGAGGGAUGGAGAUAAAGGGUGUCAAGGAGGAGAAGCCCCUUUUAACAGAGGAACGAUUUAUAUGAUUUCCGGAGGGCCGACGGAUGGCGACUCGAAUCAUGCCAGGAAGGAGCAUGCUCGAGCUGUGAAAAGAAAGAGAGAGGAGGUGAAGAUUAUGGCUCGAAUGCCGGUGAUAAGUUUUAAGGCGAAGGAUGCUGAGGGAGUGGUCUUGCCACACAACGACGCUUUGUUGAUUACCGCGGAGGUGGCGGGCUUUGAUGUGCAGAGGGUGUUUAUUGAUACCGAGAGUUCAGUGGACGUGAUGUUUUAUGAUUGUUUUGUGCAGAUUAAUAAGGAACUGAACAUGGAGCUGAAACCAGUGGCCACGGCGUUCUACGACUUUAAUGGAGGAGAGGUUAUGCCAAUGGGAGAGAUCUGCCUGCCCGUGGCGCUGGGAUCAGGGGUGAUGAGGAAAGUCCGGAUGGUGAGGUUUGUGGUCGUUGGGGCUGAGUCGUCUUACAACAUUAUAAUGGGGAGAACAAGCUUGAAUGCAUUCCAGGCGGUCGUAUCCACGUACCACAUGACGAUCAAAUAUCCUUUAGGCGAAAACGUUGGAGAGAUUGCUGGAGAUCAACUUACCUCGAGGAGCUGCUACCAAACUACGGUGAGCAAAAACAAACAACUAGCGAAGAAGCAGGCUAAGCCAAAAGGGGAGGAGGUCAAUCGACCAGGUGGGUCGAGGUCGAAAGAAGAUAGGAAGAGGUUGGAGAAGGGAAAAGACAAGGUGGAUAUCCGGCCAGGAGAGGAGGUCGAGGAAGUUCAGAUGAUUGAGGGAUGUGAGGAGAGGAAAUUCAGAAUUGGGAAGGACCUGGAGGAGCCCAUCAGAUCGAGGUUGAUUUGCCUGGUUAGGGAGUUCGUGUAUAUCUUCGCGUAUACAAUGGAGGAGUUGACGGGAAUAAGUGCGGAGGUGGUUGAACACCGGCUGAACAUCGACCUCAGCGUGAGGCCGGUGAAGCAAAAGAGGAGACAUCAUGGAGCAAAGAUGGAUAAAAUUAUAGAGCAAGAGGUCGAGAAGCUAUUGAAAGCAGGGCAUAUCAAGGAGAUUCAGUUCCCAGAAUGGUUAUCAAAUACAGUGAUGGUGUCAAAGGCGGAGGGAAAGUGGAGAAUGGGCAUCGACUUCCGUGAUCUGAACAAAGCGUGCCCGAAGAAUCUGUACCCGUUACCUAGAAUCAACCAGUUGGUCGAUUCGACGGCUGGGUGUGAAUUGUUGAUCUUGAUGGAUGCCUCCCAGGGAUACCACCAAAUUCCCUUGGCAAAGGAAGAUAGAAAACGGGUGAGUUUUCUGACGAGUUGGGGAACCUAUUGUUAUGUGGUGAUGCCGUUCGCCCAGAAAAACGCGGGCGCCACAUAUCAAAGGUUGGUCGAUAAAAUUUUUAAAGAACAUCUGGGAAGAAACAUGGAGGUAUAUGUAGACGAUAUGUUAGUGAAAAGCAAAGAAGAUAUGGAUCAUGUGCGAGACUUGAAGGAAACGUUCUUGACUUUGAGGAUGUACGGGAUGAAAUUGAAUCCAGCUAAGUGUUCGUUCGGAGUAAAGUCGGGGAAAUUCUUGGGUUACCUGGUGACCAAGAGAGGUAUUGAGGUAAACCCAGAGAAAGUGUGGGCGGUGAUGGAGAUGCAGUCGCUGGCAAAUGUUAAGGAGGUACAAAUCUUGGCUCGUCGAAUCGCAGGGCAAAGUCGUUUUAUAUCGAAGGUGGCGGAAAAAAGUGGCCUGUUGUUUAAAACAUUGAAUAAGAGUGAGAAAUUUCAAUGGACGGAGGAGGCGCAGAGAGCAUUUGAGGAGUUGCGAGGGGUGUUAGACAACCUUCCCUUAUUGGCUAAACCCGUACAGGGCGAGGAGUUGGUACUAUACCUUUCUAUCGGAGAGAGGGCUGUGAGCUCGGUGUUAUUGCGGGAGAAAGGGGCAGCACAAUUUCCCAUCUACUACGUGAGUAGGGUGAUGCAGGGGAUGAAGAUGAGUUAUUCGGAGAUCGAGAAGUGUGCUUUGGCUGUGGUCGUAACUGCUCGAAAGUUCAGACCUUAUUUCUUGAACCAUAAGGUGAAGGUACGAACGAACAUGCCGUUGGGAGAAACACUUGGUCGACCAUCGGUCUCUGGUCGAUUAGUGAAAUGGGCGGUCGAGUUGAGUGAAUACUCUCUGUCGUAUGAGCCGAGGAGGGCCAUAAAGGCGCAGGUGUUGGCAGAUUUAAUCCAGGAAGGCACUAAAGUUGAAGAGGAGUCAGGAGGAAUAUGGCAGUUGAUUGUGGACGGAUCUGUGGCACGGAGUGGGGCAGGAUUGGGAAUUGUCCUUUUCUCUCCUAAGGGCGAUUACUUGGAAUUUGCGGCCAAAGUAGGGUUCAAGAUAUCCAAUAAUGAGGCCAAAUAUGAAGCAGUGAUCAAAGGCUUGAGUUUAGCUAGAGCGGGAGGAGCGCGAAGAGUACAAGUGCAUUCUGAUUCUCAACUG